AGGUUCAGAUUUCCCCGCAAACAAGCUUGUCUGAUUACGCACGCAAGAUGCGCCGCGAACAUUCGGAAUGGCUGCCUGACCCGGUGGGAGACAGAGAAGAGGGUAAAAGAAAACUCCUAAACCUAUCAAACUAAGUUUGUUUACUAUGAAUGGAACCAUAUCCAUAUGACCAUAUGGUCCAAUAUUCUGUAGAGACAAGUUCGAACCCACAUCCAUCUUGUAUUUCAACUUACACAUCACUUGCGUGUCGGUGUUGCUCACUCUGACUGACAUCACUGCACGCAAACCCAUCACAUGUAACUUCUCUUCCCUUCUUCCCUCUACAUAUAGUGCAAACAAUGUUCAAUCUCGCAUCACCUCUCAAGUCUCAACCACUCUUGUUCCCAUUGACCUCCAAAUCCACCAUCAUCAUGACGUCAUCCAAUACUUCUCCGCCUCCGAUCACCGUUUUCGCCUCGACCACUCCGGAUUACGACCGUGCCAAAGCCGUCAAACAAUUCGACGAAACCAAGCACGGAGUCAAGGGCCUCGUCGACUCGGGCGUCCAAAAACUCCCACCGUUCUUCGUUCACCCACCCGAAACCCUAUCGGACCUCAAACCCCGACCCGGUUCCGAAUCAGAGGUCCCCACGGUGGACUUCUCCGCCGUGGAAACUUCCCGCGCCGCCGUAGUGGAUCAAAUCCGGCGCGCCGCGAGCACAAUCGGGUUCUUCCAGGUGAUCAAUCACGGCAUCCCGCCGGAGCUUCUGGAGCGAACCGUCGCCGCCAUGAAAAAGUUCCACGAGCAACCAGCGGAGGAGAGGGCGCGGGUGUACCGUAGGGAAAUGGGGACGGGUGUAUCGUACAUAUCGAACGUGGACCUGUAUAACUCGAAGGCUGCCAGCUGGCGUGACACACUGCAGAUUAGGAUGGGGCCAAUCGCGUUGGGGAGUUAGUUAUUGGUUUGUUGAGUGAGGGGUUGGGAUUGGGUGCGGAGAAGUUACCGGAGAUGGGUUUGGUUCAAGGGAGAGUGAUGGUUGGUCAUUAUUACCCUCCUUGUCCUGAGCCUGAUCUGACGGUGGGACUCACUUCUCAUGCAGACCCAGGGGCUCUUACUGUGGUCUUGCAGGACCACGUUGGUGGAUUGCAGGUUAGAAGCAAAGAUGGCUGGGUUGAUGUGAAGCCUGUUCCGGGAGCUUUGGUUUUCAAUAUUGGAGAUUUGCUUCAGAUAAUUUCUAACGAGGAAUAUAAGAGUGCUGAUCAUCGGGUAUUAGCAAAUUGCUCAAAAGAUCCUCGAGUGUCAAUUGCUAUUUUCUUCAAUCCGGGUGAGAGGGAGAAAACCUUUGGACCUUUGCCGGAGCUAACAUCAGCAGAGAAACCACCUCUUUAUAGAAACUUCACGUUCAAUGAAUUUAUGACAAGGUUCUUCAAGAAAGAGUUGGACGGUAAAUCAUUGACAAAUUUCUUCAGGCAGUGAUGUAGAUAGCACUUGUAUAUAUAGAUUAUAAGAAUACUAUUGUCUUCAUAUUUCACCAGUGUAUUAAUAGUCACGUGUUUCUUAUUCACUACUUUUUAUGAAUUGUGUGAAUGAAGACAAGAAACUUCACAAGAGGGUGGUCCUAACACAACUUCUUCGAA